GUUACUCACUCUUCUCUCCUCCCUCCCCCAUUCUCUCCCCAACCGUCCCAUUCCAUUUCUUUCCUCCACACCUUUUCUUGUUUCUUGCCAGUUUUCCCGAACCGCUUCAGCAACCAACAUCCAUGGCUCUGUCCCUCAAGAACUCACCUCUGCUUCUGUUUUUACUUCUACUCUCGGCAGCUGCAGGUAUAGGCAGAGCUGCUCGGUUGAACCAGUGGGAGUCUGCAAUCCGGAUGCCUACAGAUGAAGAUGAAGAACUCGGCACAAGAUGGGCCGUUCUUGUAGCUGGUUCAUCUGGGUAUGGUAAUUACAGACAUCAGGCGGAUGUAUGCCACGCAUAUCAAUUGCUGAGAAAAGGAGGAUUAAGGGAAGAGAACAUUGUGGUGUUCAUGUAUGAUGAUAUUGCAAAUAAUGAACUGAAUCCAAGGUCAGGAGUCAUCAUCAACCAUCCACAAGGAGAUGAUGUCUAUGCCGGCGUGCCUAAGGAUUAUACCGGCAAGCAUGUUACUGCAGCAAAUUUAUAUGCAGUACUUCUGGGUAAUAAGAGUGCCCUGACUGGUGGAAGUGGGAAGGUUGUCAAUAGCAAACCCAAUGACAGGAUCUUCUUAUACUAUUCAGAUCAUGGUGGCCCUGGAGUACUCGGGAUGCCAAAUCUGCCUUUUCUUUAUGCCAUGGAUUUCAUUGAGGUUUUGAAGAAGAAACAUGCAUCCGGAGGCUACAAAGAGAUGGUCAUAUAUGUAGAAGCUUGUGAAAGUGGGAGCAUUUUUGAAGGCAUUAUGCCCAAAGAUCUCAACAUUUAUGUCACAACAGCAUCGAAUGCACAAGAGAGUAGCUGGGGAACUUAUUGUCCUGGGAUGGAACCUACUCCACCUCCAGAAUUUAUCACUUGCUUAGGAGAUCUGUACAGUAUUGCUUGGAUGGAGGACAGUGAGACUCAUAAUCUGAAGAAAGAGACGGUGAAGCAACAGUAUGAAGCAGUAAAGGACAGGACUUCCAAUUUUAAUACUUUUAUUAUUGGAUCACAUGUGAUGGAAUAUGGGACGACUAAUAUCAAAGCAGAGAAGCUGUAUUUGUACCAAGGCUUUGAUCCUGCCAGCGUUAACUUCCCUUCAAAUUACUUGCACACUGGCACCAUGGAAGCUGUUAACCAGAGAGAUGCUGAUCUUCUUUUCCUGUGGCAUAUGUACAAGAAUUUAGAAGAUGGCUCAGAAAAAAAGGUAGAAACAAUGAAGCAGAUAUCAGAAACUGUGAAGCACAGGAUUCACUUAGACAGCAGCAUUGAUUUGAUUGGGAAACUCUUAUUUGGACCAACGAAAGGCUCAGCUACCCUUAAUUCUAUUAGAGCACCUGGUUUGCCCCUUGUUGAUGACUGGGAGUGCUUGAAAUCUAAGGUACGCCUGUUUGAAACGUAUUGUGGAUCACUAACUCAAUAUGGCAUGAAGCACAUGCGGGCAUUUGCCAAUAUUUGCAACAGUGGCGUUUCCCGGGCUUCAGUAGAAGAAGCUUGCAUGGCUGCUUGCAUUGACCAUGCGCCAAGGCAAUGGCACCCCUUGAACCAAGGUUACAGCGCCUGAUUAGAACUCUCUGGUAGCCAAAAUGAUAUCAAUCCUUGGAAAUUAGUGUUACGGUUUUGCUGUCACUUAUAUCAUAUAUACAAAGCAGGUCUAAGAUUCUGGAUUCAGGAAUCAGAAUUCAGGAUUUGGGCCUUGUAUGUAAAUUACAUACAAAAGCAUGUUAGGAUUCUAGAUUUGGGCCUUCAAUGUAAAAUUUCUUCGAGUUAGAGAAGUUCUGGACUGGGUCUGCAAUAUAAACUAUGAAGCCAUUU